AUGGUAUUGGAGAUUGUGAUUUCUUUGAUCAUCUUGUUUAUGGGGAUUGCUGUUUUGGUGUGCAUCCAUGUCUGCAUAGUUGGAAGGGCAUUCAGAAGUGAUAUUAAUCAUGGUCAUGGUGGAUGGACUCAAGGCCAGAGGAGUAGCAGUAACACCAAAAGAAUAACUGGUGAUAAUAGUAGUGACCUGAAGAACCUUCCUUGCUUUGAUUAUGAGGAACCAGAGAAAGGUUCCAGUCUUAUAGAUUGUGCUGUUUGCUUGGAGAAUUUCAAGGUUGGUGAUGCUUGCAGGUUGUUGCCUAACUGCAGCCACAGCUUCCAUGUUCAGUGUAUAGACCCAUGGAUACUAAAGACACCCAUUUGUCCCAUUUGUCGAACAUGGGUUCAUAUCAUUCCCCCAGUUUUGACAGAAGAAAGUGCUGUUUCUCACAAUGUAGAAAUUGAAAUGGCAUAA